AAGGCAAUUUAUCUUAAAUAUUUAUUUUUACCUAUGAAGUUAUAUCAAGCUGAAAUGACAUUAAAUCGUCGUAUCCCUAUUGAAAAGUUAGAAGAUGCUAUCCGCUUUAAAAUAACCGAUCAGUCUACUUUUAUUGAAGCUCGAUUACCAAAUCAAGGCUAUGUUGCAUCUCGUAUUAUCAAUGCUAAUCAAGUGGCAACCAACGGUAUUAUUCAUACUAUUGAUGCUAUUCCAGGCUUACCAUAUGAAACAGUUCAACAAUAUGUAGCUAGAAUCCCUGAUUUUAAUUUAUAUUACAAUACAGGUUUUGUUCAGUCAAUGACUAUUGGUGAACCAUAUACAUUUCUAGUACCAACAAAUCAAGCUAUGACUUCUAUGAAUAAUGACAAUGAAGUGGGGAGAAAACUGUUAACUGAUAAACUUCGAAAAGAUUUUGUGUUUCGCCGAAAUACAUUUCCACUUGACUUGAUAAUUCAAGAUUUGGAUAUACGUAAAGUGUAUUAUGUGUCCACAGCAAAUUAUGCAUUCACGCGUGAACAAUUACGUUUGGACAUUAGUUCUAAGAAUUCUGAUGAAGAGGGUGUAUUCACAUAUCAAGGCGAAAAAAUUCAAUUAUUAUCGCUAAAUGGACCUUAUCAAUUUACAAAUGGUUUUCUUUAUUCAAUAGACAAAAUCCUUUAUACGAAAUCGGAUCUUAACGCAACAAUGUGCACUGUAUCAGCUUGUGCAUAAGUGGAACAAAUUUCUGGUUGAAUUAAUUAUUUAUUUACUAGGGUUUCCUUAAUAUUGAAAUGUGAUAAACUUUACCUAAUUUGAUUAUUUGUUCUGAUGCACAUUCGGUGGUUUAUUAUCUAGUCUGUUCAUAUUAAGUAAUAUUCAGUAUGAGUUUUCAUUCGAUUUGUCCUUAUUAAUAAAUAUAUUACAAAAA